AUGGAUGGCGAUAACCGGCGCCUCAAGCACCAUGAUCCCUCCAGAUCUUCGACGAGCUCUGGGGUGACCCGUCGAGGCAUCUCCCGAUCCGCUGGUGGUGCCGCUGGCCGCUUCAGACAACAUGGUCUGCCUGCAACACGUGGAAAUCCAACUGGAUUGGCACAGGUAACGGAGAGAUCGCGAAUGUCGACCUACAUGGACUAUGGAUACACAGACACUGCAUUCCAGGGCAAUCCCCUGCAAGGGGAUGAAUUGCAACCGUACUCUGUGACGUUGCGCGAGCAGCAGCAGCGCCAGCCGGCAGUGCAGCAACCAUUCGCCCCCUAUGAAUCGGAGAUGGUAUAUAAUCUCAGUCAGCAAGGCCCGACACCGAAUCCGUACGAGGUCGUGCCACAGUACCCAACACGGCAGUCUGCAGCCAUUGACGUCUUGUCCAGCCAAUUUGCUGUUCCACAGUACUUCUCAGCUAAUGAGCCGACAGCAACAGGGGUCCCUGCAGACGUUUCGCCCUACUUGACCUCGCACCUGUCUUCAUCGGCUUAUAACCAGCCCGGUCCCAUUGGGCGCUCGAGCGCAAUGCAGCCCUUUCCCGCAACGAUGGCCGAAUUUACCGCGGUGGGGGCAACCGCAGGACGUUUAGAUCAGCAGCAGCAGCAGCAGCAAGUCGCUUCGGAGUCGACAAAUGAAGCGUAUGGCCGCUUCCAGCGAGCUUUGCGGGCAACCUUUGAUCAUACGCGCGCUGGCCGAUUGGUAGAGGCUGGUCGAUCAAUCUUGGAAAUUGCCGAGUGGCUUGUCACCAAUGCGCGGGAACUUGACAUACUGCGAGAUGAUCCAGCGCUAUACCCCGAACGACUCCAACUUUGGAAUGAUUUUAACAUCUGCUGGUUGGCCAUUUGCCAAAAACAGAAGGACAUGACACAAGAUCUUCUGCAGACCAGCCGCCAGUCACCCAACACGACAAUGCUCACAAUCGAGCGCAUGGAGGAGAUGGGCAAAGACCUCAUCCAGCUCUGCGACCAGAUGGAGCAGCAUGGAUUAGUGGAUUACCAGAUGGGUAUUUGGGAGGAGGAGAUUCUUGGUGUUCUCGGCGAAUGCCUCGAUCUGCUCGAAAGCCGACCUGAUGAUGUGCAGGCGCAUCGAGGGAGCGCAGCCACGGCCACUACUUCGCGAUCCUGA